UAAGCCCGUGAAGGAAAGGCCUUCAAUAUCGCACCUACUAGGACUUCAAUUUCGUUUUCGAAUAGGACUACUUCUUUAUUUUCUGUACGCUAGGGCCGCCCGCACGCUUUAAGGGUUGUUUAACGUAUUGCACUAAGAAAGACUCCUGCCGUUGCGGUCAGAUUUUCUUUGAAAGCCGCUCAAGCAAUUUCUUUAAAGAAGAGCAAGCAAGACAAGAUAAGGCUCGAAAGCUGCGAAGAAAGUCGAGCUGCUCUAAUCGAGCUGUGAAAUCGGUGUGGUGAGGUAUUGGAAGUGUUCAGCGAAUAUAGAUAAAUAAACUCAAAAAGAGCACCGUGCUAUACUGGCAGAGCUUCAGCAAAACUAGGUAGGUAGCUUUCGCUAAUGAGAGAUGGAUUUGGGGAUUAUAUUAGGUCUCCUAAUUAAUGGAAUUAGUUUUCUCUUGAUUAGUUUCUUUUUAAAGAAGCAUUCUCCCUUUACUCGAUCUUUAAUUGAAUUAUCGAUAGAACGUUGAUCAAUAUUAAGGAAGAGAUCGAGGAUCACAGCAGGAUCCUAUCUGAUCUUUGUCAACACAGGACUCGAAGCCCCCUGCUCAAACAAAAGGGUAAUCCUUCGGAAUUGAAAAUUCCUUUCGGAUUUAUUAUAUUAAUUAUAGUUGAGGGGAGAAGACUCAUUUAAAAUUAUAUCUAUAUAGGGGGGGAGCCAUUGUGAAGCCUAGAGAGGCGGAAGCGGCAAAUCGCUUCUACCGAGUUCCACAACACUUAGCUUAGUAGCUUAACUCUUUCUACUGGCGUGGCGCUGCUGGAUGCUUCUGAUCAAUAGAACAGGAAGAGGAGGAAAAAAAAGCUUAUGAUGAGCAUCUAUUUGAGUCGAUCAUUUCCAAGAUGUAAUUCAAGUUUAUUCUUAUGUAGUGGAAAGGCCUUACAAUCUGAAGUUUUACGCUUAGGGGAAGAAAUGUUCUUGGUGGAUGCAGGACCUGGGACCCCCAGAAAUUGUAUGCAAGAUGAGCCUACAGGAGUGCCAAUCAACCGAGCCACCAGGUUUGAGAAUAAGGUGGGAUUCCUGGAUCUAGUGGCCGGUGAAUCACUGAUCAAAAAGAAGAUUUUGGAGAGAUUAUUCAUCGAUCUAGUGGCCGGCGAAUCACUGAUCAAAGAGCGAGCAGCCGCCAGGUUUAAUGAUUUGGUGGGAUCCACAGAUGUAGUGGCCGGUGAACCGCUUCUUCUUCUUCCACGAAGAUUCAGACAAAACCGAGCUUGGAUGAAACUGAACAAGAUUUGGCGAACGAAUACAAAGGUAAAAGGCUUUAUUAUUGAUAAAGUCAAAGGAGGUUAUUCAGUAGCCAUCGCGGGUUUCAUUACUUUUCUUCCAUUCCGUUCUCACAACAAAAGGAAAAAAAGGAGGAUAUCGAAUGAUCGAUUCACCAUUGAGAGCAUUAACCCCAAAAGGACGAAUAUUGUGGUGUUCUAACAGCGGCAGAUCAAACAAUAACUUGAUGAGCGAAAUCUGCUGACGAAAAAAGUGCAGUUUUUUUAAAUUCCGAAGCGAAACCUAGCGUCUCCUGAUAACACUCUAUCACCUUAAUCCAUUCUUUUGUUGAGGGUCUGGCACUUAUUACAGGCCGCUCUGUCAUUGUAUGAUUUUUGGUUGUCUGAUCACACUCGAAAUUAUGUAUCUACUUAUCGUAUUUUUGCCCCUGCUCGGUAGUUCCGUAGCUGGUUUUUUCGGACG